GGAGGAGGGCAGGUCGCGCCGGCGGGGGCGCAGGGCUUGCCCCACCCGGCUCGCAUCCCUCCGCCGCGCCCCGCCCCGCCCCGCCCGCCGCAGCCCGCGAGGAGCGAGGGCCGCCCGAGAUGGUGCGCGACGCCAGGACUGCCGCCGCCCCGCGCCGGGGGGAGAUGGCCUCCCGCGCCCCGCGCAGCUGAGCGCCGCCGCAGCCCGCAGCAGAUCAGCAAUCAAAAUUUUGAAGGUCAUAACCCUUCUGAUGGUGGUGGUAAGCCAUGGCGGCAGAUGAUAAAGUUGCCAUCUUAACUGAUGAUGAAGAAGAGCAGAAGAGAAAAUAUGUGCUUGCUGAUCCCUUUAAUGGCAUUUCCAGGGAACCAGAACCACCUUCAAACGAAACACCCACCUCCACAGAAACAGCUGCCAUUCCUGAGGAGGAAAUAGACUGGAUAGAGAAACACUGUGUUAAAAUAAACAAUGAUCUUCUCAUUUCCAAGGUCUUUUAUUUUUUCUUUUACUCUGCAUACGGCUCUCUUUACCCGCUUUUGCCUGUGUAUUAUAAACAGCUGGGAAUGUCACCAAGCCAGAGUGGAUUGCUAGUAGGUAUUCGAUACUUCAUUGAAUUCUGCAGCGCCCCCUUUUGGGGUGUAGUUGCAGAUCGCUUUAAAAAAGGCAAAAUUGUCCUCCUCUUUUCCCUUUUGUGUUGGGUUUUAUUCAACCUGGGCAUUGGAUGUGUGAAACCUGCUACCUUGAGAUGUGUACCAAAGAUUCCCCCAAUAGCUCAUCCCACCAAUUCAAAUCACCCGUUAACUAUCCUGCCAACAAAUUCUUCCAUUAUCUCUUCCACUACCACAUCACCACAAAUGAGGGAGAAAAGGAACCUGCUUCCAUCCAGCUGGCCGCUGAUAUUAGAAACAGGACCCAAUAUCACAGAAAGUGUCAUCUUUUCAACAGCUCCAAACAAGACCAGUGCACCCACUCUGCAGCCUCAGACAGAUGAAACAACUGACCAUCCUACGGACUUGACCUUGAACCCAAGCACCGCAACUCCGGCUUCCCCUGUAAAUGUAACCAGGGAGACAACCACUACUGCUGUCACCACCACCAAAUCGUUACCUUCUGACCAAGUCACUCUUGUCUAUGAUCAACAAGAAGUUGAAGCUAUAUUCUUGGUGAUAUUGGUAGUGGUCAUAAUAGGAGAAUUUUUCAGCGCCUCUUCUGUCACCAUUGUGGACACAGUAACACUCCAGUAUCUGGGAAAACACAGAGAUCGCUAUGGGUUGCAGCGCAUGUGGGGCUCCCUGGGCUGGGGCCUGGCGAUGCUGUCCGUGGGCAUCGGGAUUGACUACACCCACACAGAAGUGCUCAUCGACGGAAAAGGGUGUAAGCCCCCCGAGUACCGGAACUACCAGGUUGUCUUCAUCGUCUUUGGGGUUCUCAUGACCAUGGCCUUGAUUGUGGCUACCCAGUUCCGGUUCCGCUACAGCCACUUCAAGAACAGUGAAAACCAAGGCAAGGAGGUGGAGAUCCCUCAGGUGGAGAGGAACAGCUCCACAGAGUCCUCUGAGGAGACACCAACCACCGCGAGCCCCUUGCAGGCCUUCAGCUUCUGGGACUUACUCCGGCUGCUCUGCAGUGUGCAGUAUGGCUCCGUGUUGUUUGUGGCGUGGUUUAUGGGUUUUGGUUACGGGUUUGUGUUUACCUUUCUCUACUGGCACUUGGAAGACCUGAAUGGAACUACAACCCUCUUCGGGGUCUGCUCAGUCUUGAGUCAUGUGUCUGAGCUGACAGCUUAUUUUUUUAGUCACAAGCUGAUUGAAUUGAUUGGCCACAUCAGGGUUCUGUACAUUGGCCUGGCCUGCAAUACAGCUCGCUAUAUUUAUAUUUCCUACCUGGAAAAUGCCUGGACUGUUCUCCCCAUGGAAGUUCUUCAAGGAGUGACACAUGCUGCCAUCUGGGCAGCGUGCAUUUCCUACCUCAGCGCAGCAGUUCCCCCUGAGCUGAGGACGUCUGCUCAGGGGAUCCUGCAAGGCCUUCACCUGGGUCUGGGGAGAGGUUGUGGUGCCAUGAUUGGAGGCGUGUUAGUCAAUUAUUUUGGGGCUGCUGCCACCUUCCGAGGAAUCGGCAUGGCCUGCCUGGUGAUCCUCCUGCUCUUUGCCCUGAUCCAGUGGCUGGCGGUGCCAGAUGAGGAAGAAGACAAGACAAUGUUGGCAGAAAGGAUUCCUGUUCCUUCUAGUCCUGUUCCCAUAGCAACCAUUGACUUGGUACAGCAACAGACAGAAGAUGCCGGGCCACGCGUGGAACCCAGACUUCCACCCAAGAAAACCAAGCACCAGGAAGAACAGGAGGAUGUGAACAAGCCAGCCUGGGGGGUCAGCUCCUCUCCCUGGGUAACCUUUGUCUACACACUCUACCAAAUUAAAGAGAUGAUGCAGCUAACAAGGGAUAGUCGUGCUUCUGAGAUACAGCCUUUACAGUUGCACAUAGGAAGAGAGAUGAAAGGGCACCAGUGAAAAUCGGGAAAAUUCUUCAGCUGGUGGAGCCCAGCCUGUCCCAUGUGAGACUCACUCUGACCCAUGUAGAAACCAGCCAUCCCCUCAAGCAGCAGCAUCUCAGAUGCAGAGCAGCCCUGCCCACCCCAGUGUGGAGCAGCAUGUGGAGGAGAAUGAGGACCAGCAGGCUCAGCCUGCUGCUGGGGGACACUGAGGGCUCCCAUUCAUUUCACACCCUGCAUGGGACCAGGCCCCUCUGCCAGGACAGAGAGAGAGGCACCCUGAACCCAGGACAUGCCUCAUCUUGAGGAGCGUAGCACCACACACACUUCUAAACACCUGAACUCAUUAACAUGGAAACACGCACACCUAGGAGCUACAGUACACAUUGGCAGAAACAGGUAAACUUCCAUGGUCCUGCUGGAAUGGGAAGGGAAGUGGAGUUCAUGAGGACUUCAGAUACUUGGUUGGUUGGGCUGAGGACUACAGGACUUUUUCACAGUGCAGCAAGAGCUGAAACCAGCAGUUACACUAGGUAAGUGGAGGGGCAAAUAGUGUUUCAAGGUGAAUGUUGAUGUAACUUCCCUCUUCUGAUUAUUUAUUCUAAUUAUUUGGUUCUUAAUGUAAACAGAAGAAACAGAAUACAUAUGUAAUUUUGUCCUGAAGAGUAGUACCAUUUAAUAAAUUACAGAACAUAUUUAAAAAGUAACCAGAUAAAAUUUAGUAGCUUACAUGCUUUUGUUUCAAAAACAAAAAAAAAGGGAAAAGUUUCAUCAGAAACUUGGCAUAUCUCUAGCAAAUAUAUUUUUCUAUGCAUAUGGUAUACAAUGAAAAUGGUCAAUUCUUUGAGCAGUAAAAGCUAUUACUGACUACUGCAAUCUCAGCUAAGCUUUAAAAUGCCUUUUGUUUUAAACGGGCUUUAAGACCAGAGGAGGAAAUAUUUAAAAUAAACCAACCAAUUCAGUAUCCUAUGGCUUGAUAGACAAGGGUUUACUAAAUUUUUCAAGACUGUAAAUAGCCCCCAUCACUAUUUACAAUUUUAAAGUGAUUUGGGCUCUAAUUAGCUGAUGGGAUAAAACUAAAAGAAAAAAAAAUCACUGAAUUCCUAAGGGUUUCUUUAAUUAAGCAGUACUAUUUACAAAUGACAGUAUAAGAUUUAAGUGCCUGGGGGAGGAUUACAAAUUUUUUAAAUUACAUAAUGAAUCAGUUUUUGUUUGGUUUUUGGUGAAGGGAAAAAACUGGUGAAUAGGAAACCAGGAAUGGAAAGGACAGGAAUAAGAAGUAACUAUACUUUUCAAUGACUAAAGAAAGAAAUCUCAGUAUUUUCUUCCCCAUAAAGACACAAACACUGGACAGUUCAGAUAGGGGUAUGCUACUGUACAUAUUACAGUUACAGUCAGAACAAUGGGUGGUGAAUCACACAUAAAGUUUGCUGCUAAAAAUGGGAGCUGAGGAUACCAGAGGGACUUGGGGAAGGGCUUUAGUAAGAGAAGACUGCUUUAGCUGACUGAACUAUGGUGUGUAUAAUAGCUGUGGGUGAGCACAGAAGAGAGGAAGAAAAAAGCAGAGUUAAAAAUGAGCAACUCACCUUACCCUCUGACCCUGAUUAGACAGAAUCAGUUGUAAAGUGAGGGCUUCUCCAUGACACCACACUCUUGCCCAACACUGCAUCUAGGAGAAGAAAUUCUGCACUUGGAUGUCUAGCUUUGCCACAAAACACAGCUUAAAAGUAACAGGAAGAAAUAGAAUUAAGCAAAUAGUUAUUUUUGCACUUGAACUGAAACGUACUGUACUGUAAAUUAUCAUGACUCAUUUUAAGUGACCUUUAAAUCAGAUGUAUUUAUUAUGCUCAUGCAAUUAUAAAAAUAAAGAAAGAUGACAGGCUGAACCUCACCUAUGAAUGUACAGUAUGUGGAUUUGUGAAACUGUAGGAGUUCAAAAACUUAUAUUGUACUUGUGUUUACAGUUCUGAUUUAUUCCUUUGAAAAGCCUGCUGUUUUGGAAAUGCACAGUUAACAUGUUGAAAUAAAAAUAAAUACCAUUUUUAAA